AUGUUUAAACGUUUUCGAAAGAGAAAUUACUGGAAAUCAGUUGGAAACGAAGAUGGAUAUAUUUCAGCUGUUGAGAAACUUGGACCAAGGUAUUUAGAAUUAGAUGCCAUUAAUGGAGGCUAUACUGAACCGGAUUCUAUAUGGGGUCAACUAGCAAGUUUUACAGAAAUUUCUGAAAAAAAUACGUAUGACACACGCAAAUGGCUUUACACCGUAUGGACAGAUGAUCGACGAGAAGUACGCACCAAGUUCUAUCGUCGAAAGGCUGCUGACAAUCUCUCUGAACAUAAAAUGUCACCAUCAAACAACUCAACAAAAAAAGAUGCUAUGUCUUUCGAUAAGACUAGUUCACCAGGAUCUAAGUGUGUAUGUGGGGGUUGUGGAAUAAAAGAUCCAUAUUCAUAA